CACUAUAACCAAGAGAUGCCAGACCUCAACUGCACCUACAGAGCACUGCCAGUGAAGUGCAAUGGCUUUGAUCCCAGAGCUUUCCGUUGGGCCCAAACUAUGAGACUGGCAGUGGAGGAGAUUAACCAGAGUGCGGACCUGUUGCCGAACUACACCCUUGGGUACAAAAUAUUUGAUUCAUGUGCAUAUCCGCUGACCGGCAUGAGGGCUGCCCUGGCUGUGUUGAACGGGCUCAGCGAGCGUGACUCCCCCAUGUGCCAGGGGGCUUCUCCGCUCCUCGCUGUGAUCGGGGAAUCAGGUUCUGCUCAAUCUAUUGUGGUGUCAAGAAUCCUCCAGCCGUUCAGAAUCCCAAUGAUCAGCUACUUUUCUUCAUGUGCCUGUUUCACUGACAGAAAACAAUAUCCCACCUUCUUCAGAGUAAUCCCUAAUGAUGACUAUCAGGUGAAAGCCAUCGCUCAGCUGCUGGUACGCUUCAACUGGACCUGGGUGGGGCUGGUGCGAGGGGACCAUGAAUACGGGCGAUUUGCUGUGCAAGGAUUACUGAGAGAAUUACAGGGUACCAAAGUGUGUGUGGCGUACCAAGAAAUGAUCCCUCUGCUCUACAAUCGCCAGAGGGCUUUGGAGAUCAUGGAGGUGAUGCGUUUGUCUUCGGCAAAAGUGGUGGUGGUAUUUUCAGCUGAGGGGGAGAUGACACCGUUUUUGAGGGACUACAUGAUGCAGAACAUCACUGGGAUCCAGUGGGUGGCCAGUGAGGCCUGGGUGACAGCAUCUGUCUUUACAGCCAGCGAGUUUUACCCCUACCUAGGGGGCACCAUCGGCUUUGGCAUCCAAAAAGGACAUAUCUCUAGACUCAGUUUCUACCUUCAGACUAUUAACCCUCGCUCCCUGCUGCCUCCAUGCUCCGGGCAGGAGCCCCUGUUGGAGCAACAUUCAGCCUACAUGAACACAUCCAACACUAGGGUGGCCUAUAAUGUCUAUAAAGCUGUAUACGCAGUUGCUCAUUCCCUGCACAACCUUCUUCUCUGUCAACCAGGCACCGGCCCUUUCCAAAACAAGUCAUGUGCUCAAAGCAACAACAUUCACCCCUGGCAGCUCCAGUACUACCUGCAGGAAGUGGAAUUUAAGAUUGCAGAAGAGAAGGUAAACUUUGACCUCAAGGGAGACUCCAUACCAUAUUUUGAUGUCCUCAACUGGCAGAGAGGCAAAGGAGGGAACAUUGAAUUUGUAAACGUGGGGUCGUUCGAUGGAACCAAGCCUGCUGGAGAGGAGCUGGUGAUCCAGGAGGACAGGAUAAUGUGGGUGCCAGUGUCUGUAUGCAGUGCCAGCUGUCUUCCCGGGUCCCGGAAGGCUGUCCGUCGCGGGGAGCCUGUUUGCUGCUUUGACUGUGUACCAUGUGACAGUGGCAAAAUUAGCAAUCAGACAAAUUCAAUAGAGUGCACACUUUGUCCCGAAGACUUCUGGUCAAACAACGACAGAGCAGUCUGCAUCCCCAAAAAGGUGGAGUUCUUGGGCUAUGAUUCAUUGGGUAUAGCCCUGACAGUGAUCUCUGUAAUGGGGGCUUGCAUCACUAUAGCUGUAUUUGCAGUCUUUUUCUAUCAUAGAAACACAGUUAUUGUCCGUAUAAAUAACUCUGAACUCAGCUUCUUCAUCCUGUUUGCUCUCACUUUGUGUUUUCUGUGUUCCCUGGUGUUCAUUGGAAAACCAACAUUUUGGUCCUGCAUGCUGCGCCACACCGCCUUUAGCAUCACAUUUUCACUUUGCAUCUCUUGCAUCCUGGGUAAGACCCUGGUGGUGUUGGCUGCAUUCACUGCCACCCGUCCAGGGGACAACAUCAUGAAGUGGCUGGGGCCCAAACAACAGAGAACUAUUAUCUUUGUCAGCACGCUAAUUCAGGUGAUUAUAUGUGCCACAUGGCUAAUUGAUGAUCCACCUUUUCCAUCCCCAAAUACACAAUACGAACUCUCAAAGAUCAUACUGGAGUGCAGUGUUGGGUCGAGCAUUGCAUUCUGGUGUGUUCUGGGAUAUAUUGGUUUACAGGCCUCUCUGUGCUUUGUACUGGCUUUUCUUGCCCGUCGGUUGCCGGGCAACUUCAACGAAGCCAAGUUUAUUACUUUCAGCAUGUUGAUUUUCUGUGCUGUCUGGCUGGCAUUCAUUCCUGCUUAUGUCAGCUCUCCUGGAAACUAUGCUGAUGCAGUGGAGUCAUUUGCAAUUCUAGCUUCUAGCUUUGGCCUGUUGUUUUGCUUGUUUGCCCCAAAAUGCUACAUUAUUUUAUUGAAGCCAAAAAAGAAUACAAAACAGCACCUAAUGGUAAAAUAA